AAAACAAAAACAUACAACAGCGGGUAUUCGCUAGUGGUCACCCACCUAACUACUAAUCCGCCGGUACGUUGCUUAAAUAGGGCUGAGCGAACGGGAAGCCUUGUUUUCAACGUCCUAUGGUCGUAUGUGAAAUUCAACAUUGGUAGUGUUCUAUAUAUUUUCAGUCAUUUGCGGCUGCUCGCCGUGUGA